UUACACUAUAUCCAUUUGGCGCGAAAAUUAAGAAACUCUGAAACUGAUUAUUUUAUUAGGGUUUUUAUUUCCUUUAAUUUAUGGUUUGAUUCUCCAGAAUUAAACUCAGCAACAAUGGCGGAUUCAUUCCCGUCGUCAAAACGCCGUCGUACUAACCAGCUAGAAGCCCGAAACGACGCCGUUAAAACGUCGAAUCUCAAGAAUUUGUCACCACUAGUCGUCUUCGCUCACGGUGCUGGUGCUCCUUCCUCUUCCGAUUGGAUGAUCAGAUGGAAAGAGAUGCUAGGAAAGGCCUUGGAUGCUGUUGAAGUCGUUACAUUUGACUAUCCUUAUUUGGCUGGUGGAAAGAAGAGACCGCCUCCGAAGGCAGAGAAGUUAGUGGAUUUUCAUGUUGAUAUUGUUAAGAAGGCGGUUGAUAAAUACCCCGGUCAUCCUUUAAUUUUGGCCGGAAAAUCGAUGGGCUCAAGAAUUAGCUGCAUGGUGGCCAGCCAAAAGGACAUUUUUGCAUCAGCAAUAGUCUGUCUGGGAUACCCAUUGAAGGGAUCGAAUGGAGCAAUACGAGAUGAGAUACUGGUUCAGCUCACAGUUCCUGUCAUGUUUGUGCAGGGUAGCAAAGAUGGGUUAUGCCCUCCGGGUAAGCUGGAAGUUGUUCGGAAUAGGAUCAAAACAGUCAACGACUUGCAUGUCAUUGAAGGAGGAGAUCACUCCUUCAAAGUUGCUGAAAAGCAUCUGCAAUCAACUGGAACUACUCAAAAUGUUGUUGAGGAGUCUGCUGUCCAGUCUAUCGCCUUUUUUGUUUCCAAUAGUCUUAUGUGAUUUGUGAUAGUCUCCGGUAGUCCAGCUCUUUCUUAGCUGUGAGAAGCUUUUCUGGUGGGAUGAUUUUUGUAGUGAGUGUCAUACAUGAUGAGGUCAGUCCAAUCUUGAUAUAAAGUUCUAGUUGGCAUAAAUCACUAUCAGUCUCUUUUUGUAUGAUAUAACCAGUAUAGAUAUGCUGCUUCAUGGCACUUCCUUUUUGUUUUAUGCUUUAUGUUCAUAUGUUUUUGUAAAUUAGCUUUAGAGAUUGUUGCUAGUUAUUUCUGUUCAUGUAACUUGUAAAUAUUUCAAGUGUGUAAUGAUUUUUUAUGCAGAAGUAUAGUUAUGCCUUUGGACUCUU